GUAGCCUGUGGCACCGUGGUCUCCUCCGUUAAUACCUGUUCCGUGCUGGGAAGAACGCUCGUUUUGCGCCUACGUGCUCUCAUAGCAACAGAAACCCAACCGGGUUUAAUAAUCCCCAGGCGACUGCCCCAUGACAUCACAUGGUCGCGGGAUGACUUUUCGAACGCUGUGGUGAAACAAGACUUCAUACAAAGAAAACUGUAGAAAGGGUCAAUGUUGAUCUACAGGCUGAUUCUUUCCGAAAGUGUGUCAUCGUCUCGAGGCUCUUUUUGACUGCGUCAACGUCAGAAGGAACUUGCAUCGCCAAGGACCAAAGCACCCCAAUGCACAAUAGCUAAUCUUCUGAUUGGCCAAACUCCUGCAGUCUUCCUGGUUCUAACUUCAUGAGGUCACAUCCUUUCUCCACGAUGCCGACGGGCCACACGGAGAAGACAGAGGGCGAAUGAGGCGGCCAUGUCUGAUUCCCGACCCCACCACGCUCCCAGAGUCCCUGAGAUGGCGGAGGAAAGCCGGAGCCAGACUAGAGGCUCGGCCCCCGAGCGGAGGGGCUCAGACUGGGGCAGCAUCGCCAUGCUGGACAACACUAAAGAGUUCUUCCAGACCUGUGACAUGGAGGGCAAAGGAUUCAUCACACGCACUGAUAUGAGGAGGCUUCAUAGAGAAAUCCCCCUCUCAGCUGAGGAACUGGAAGAUGUGUUUGAUUCCUUGGAUGUGGACCGUAAUGGUUACCUCACGCUCGGAGAGUUCUCUACUGGGUUCAGCCAGUUCCUGCACGGCCGGAGGAUCUCAUUGGCUGACGAGCAGAGUCCCGCUCCUGCACCCAGGGUUCCGGAAUCCCUGUACCAGAACCAAUGGGAGGCGAAGCUGACCAGGGGAGAGGACGAGGAGGAGAAGCACUUCUGCAUGCUGCUGGACAGUCUGGGAGCCAGCAACGUGUUCGAGGAUCCAGGGGAGGUGCGUAGUCUCUGGGCCCGGCUGAGGAGAGACGAACCUCAUCUCCUGUCCAACUUCGAGGAGUUCCUGUCCAGGGUGACCUCCCAGAUCAAGGAGGCCCACCAGGAGAGGAGGGAGAUGGAGAGCGCCCUCCAGAGGAAAGCUGCCACACACGACACAGAGAUACGACGACUCUACGAAGAGAUGGAGCUGCAAAUCAAGAACGAGAAGGACCGGAUUCUACUCAAGGACUCUGAGCGUCUGCAGUCGCGCAGUCAGGACCUGGAGCACCAGCUGUCCAGCAAGGAGAAGGAGCUGGAACAUCUGUUCCACAAACAGAGGAGGUUGGAGCGCGAGUGUCGGGAUCUGAGCAGCGAGCAGCAGGAGAGCCGCACCCAGAACGUCAAGCUGAAGACGACCAACGAGGAGCUGUCCAGGGAGCUGGACAACACGUCCCAGGAGCUGGCCCUCGCUCAGGAGCAGCUGACCCUCCUGCAGGGCCAGGCGGCCAGGCUGCACCAGGAGAGGGAGAUGGAAAUGUACCGAGUCACUGAAGGUCUUCAGAGAGAGAAACAGAGUCUGAUGAAACAGCUAGACCUCUUGAGAGAGAUGAACAAACACCUAAAAGAUGAACGAGACAUCUGCUACGGUAUUAAACCCAGGAACUCCCUCAGGAAGAAGCAGAAACAGAGAUCUGGUCUGGGUAAUCUGUUCUCGGAGCCCAGCCAGCCGGUGAAAAGAGCCCUAAUGUCGGACGAUUCUUAUCAGUCCCUGGAGGCACUGCCUAAAGAACACCUUCAGAUCGUCUUCCUUCUCUCCUCCUCCUCUAGCGAGGAUGACAACACCCCCCCCCUUUAUCAGCAGCCCCUCCCUGCUACCCAUCCGGGGCCCGCUAACGGCUACGCUAGCCUACACCCUGCCCCGGGGCCUGCUGGGAAGACGGAGGUGAAAGGCCUCGGGGCGAGAGAGGUGUUCGGGAUGACGGGAGCCACGAUGGCGAGCUUGGAGACGGGCGGAGAGAGGGAGGGGGAGACGGAGAGGAAGGCGGACAUGUUGGACGCCCCCCCAGAUGGGUGGCCCCUUCGUCGGGUCAUCUCCAUCGAGGAGGAUCACCUCCCCCACCUCCUGCACGGAGGCCCCCAGCCUCUCCUCCACCAGCUCAGCGAGGAAGACGAGGAGGAUGAAGAUGAAGAUGAUGAUGAUGAUGAUGACAAUGACGAAGAGGAGGAUCCAGAGAUGAGGGAUGUCUUAGCCACGGACCCCCCUGUGCCUCAGACCCCCGUCCGGGCCUCUAGACUGGCCCUGCCCUUGUCUGGGAGGAGGUCCCGUUUCCUGAGGGCCAGGAAAGCCCCCACCACGGCCCGCGGACAGCCGGUGGGCAAGGAGACCCAGCAUAGGAUGGUGGAGGGGAUGGUGUCGGUCCCUGACCGGCUGUUCAAGGUGGUGCUGGUGGGGAACUCCAGCGUGGGGAAGACCUCCCUGCUGCGCUCCUUCUGCGAAGGGCGAUUCCACCCUGCCACCUCUGCCACAGUCGGUAUUGACUACAGUGUGAAGACUCUGACCCUGGACAACACGCAGGUGGCCAUGCAGCUGUGGGACACGGCAGGCCAGGAGAGGUAUCGCAGCAUCACUAAGCAGUUCUUCCGUAAGGCGGAUGGAGUGGUUGUCAUGUAUGAUGUCACAGUGGAGGACAGCUUCAAGGCCGUGAGCCCCUGGCUAGCCAACGUUCAGGAGGCCGCAGGAGAGGGUGUUCCCAUCCUGCUCCUAGGCAACAAGAUGGACAUGCUGGGGGAGAGGGAGGUGUCUUUCAAAGAAGCCGACACGCUAGCUCAGGAAUCCAAGGUGCUAUUCUUCGAGGUCAGUGCUUACACUGGCUACAACGUCGCCGAAUCACUGACACAUCUGGCCAGGGUCCUGAAAGAUCAGGAGGACAGGGUGAGAGACACGACUGUUCUCCUGAGUGCCCUGCCUGUUAAGAAGAAGGCCUGCUGUAACUGACAACACGCACACACACACAUGCACACACACACACGCGCACACACGCACACACACACACACACAUGCACACACACAUGCACACACAUGCACACACGCACACACACAGACUGGAACUUUGGGAGACCCCCAGAUAAACUUGUGUAUGCACGAUACACACACACACACACACAACCCCACACAUAUUAUGGUGUUUAAGUGUUUCUUAGUUUAAAUUUGUUUUCAAGAAAAGUGUUGUAAAGUUAUAACCUACAACGAUUAAAGAUGGAUAAGCAAGUUUUAAUUAAAUCUAUGCUUCAAUCUUGACUUUAAUUGUGACUUGUGUAAAGCUUUGAGUUGUAAAUGUCUGAAGCUAGAAUAGAAUACUACUACUUAAUGUUUUUAUAAAGUGCAAAACAUUUGACAAAUCAUAGAUGCAGCUCUCAAUGUCUAUACAAUGUAUAACCUAGAUUAUCACACAUGACAUUAAUAUACAAUAUAUAUGUGUUUUUGAGAAAUGGAAAUUUAUGAGCGGACAGUGUUUGAAAUGUGAUCAAGUAAUUAUUGUAUAUUAAAAUAAAAUACAUAUUUUGAUUGGGUGAACAUGAAAUUCAAUGUGUAAAUAAGAGUGUGAU